CAAUGAAGAUUGUGGAGGAGGAGGAAGAGGAGGUUGAAAUUCAGCCAGACCCUCUUCAUCAGCUUAUCCUUCACUUCAGCCACAACGCCCUCACAGAGAGAAGUUUCUUGGAAGAAGAUCCGUUAUAUAUUGCGUAUGCAGACAUGAUGGCAAAGAGUUGUGCAGAGGAUGAAGAGGAGGRAGAAGAGGAAGAGGGGAAAGAGAAGWCAUUUGAGGUUUCAACCUGUCUGUCCUUGUAUCACUAACCCCCAGGCUUAAAGCCUUAGAUACUUUUUAAUCAAAUCUGUCUGAACACAGUCUGAAUCCAGUCUGAACCCAGUCUGUGCCUUUAGCCUGGAUGAAUAUCUGACUUGUGGAUGAUGAGACCGAGAUGAGACAGGAUUUUAAUCAACAGCACUGGCUACAACUGAUAACUUCCCAUGUCUACGGUGUCAGCUGACAAAGACCGGCCAAUGGAUGAAAUGUCAUCGUCACUGUGACAGCCGUGUUCCAUUCAACUUUUCACUAGUGUAUCUUUUAUACAUCAGCUUUGUCCUUUUGUAUUCAGCAGCUGUAAGACCAUUGACGUUGUCACUUUCCUGUGAAAUGUGUGAAUGUCUCUCUAAGAUUAUGUUUGAUUAUGUAUUUUAACCCCUCAGGWUUAUAGACAUCGACGAAUGAACUAWGCGACCGGUUUAUAAUGA